AUGCGUACAUUAAGUCUAGGACCAACAGUUCAGGCAGCAAGGAACAAGUGUUGGUCUGAUACGAUACUUGGCCCCGCAGGGCGUGUGGUUGAACAUCGUGUGAUUCUUUUUUUUUCUUUCUUGCUUUUAUCUCGGCCGAAUAUUGGUUAUGCAUGUUGGCUUUCCUGGCAAUGUAGAGUGUACUUGAUACAGAACGGCACGAUAAAUUCAGGGGGCGGGCGGCUUCAUUGUUUGGAGGAGCUAAUUGGGGGCAAACAAUGUGUCCCUGGUGUCAUGGAAAGCUUGGUCUUCCGCAUGCGGUUGCGUCCUGUGGCCAUGGCGGGUGAGAUGGAAGGGGGAUGGGAUGAAGUUGGGUUGGUGGACGUGAGUGUGAACGUGGACGGGAGGCAGACACGGGUAGAUCGUGUCGGGAACAGGCACGGUUUACACCUUGGUCUAUUGAUGCGAGGGGAUGGACGAUGCUGGUGGUGA